CUGCUGAGAAGCCGGCGGGUGGAGGAGGAGGAAGAGGAGGAAGAGGAGGAAGAGGAGGAGGAGGAGGAAGAGGAGGCCGCCCCGGGAGCAGGCGGAGGCAGCGGCAGGUUCUGGGCCUUAGAGGACGUUUUUGCCUGCUAGAAUGGAUGAGCAGACACAAGGCAUGCAGGGGCCCGCAGCUCCGCCAUUUCAGCCACAGAAAGCCUUGCGGCCUGACAUGGGCUAUAAUACUCUUGCCAAUUUCCGAAUAGAGAAAAAGAUUGGCCGUGGCCAGUUCAGUGAAGUUUACAGAGCAACCUGCCUGUUGGAUGGGGUACCGGUAGCACUGAAGAAGGUCCAGAUAUUUGAUUUAAUGGAUGCCAAGGCUCGUGCUGACUGCAUCAAAGAAAUAGAUCUUCUAAAGCAACUGAACCAUCCAAAUGUAAUUAAAUAUUUGGAUUCUUUCAUUGAAGACAAUGAACUUAACAUUGUCCUGGAAUUAGCUGAUGCUGGGGAUCUCUCAAGAAUGAUAAAGCAUUUUAAGAAACAGAAGAGGUUGAUUCCUGAAAGAACAGUUUGGAAGUACUUUGUUCAGCUUUGCAGCGCAUUGGAACACAUGCAUUCUCGUCGCGUUAUGCAUAGAGAUAUAAAGCCAGCCAAUGUGUUCAUUACAGCUACGGGAGUAGUAAAGCUUGGAGAUCUCGGUCUCGGCCGAUUUUUCAGUUCCAAAACCACAGCUGCUCAUUCUUUAGUUGGUACACCUUAUUAUAUGUCUCCGGAGAGAAUACAUGAAAAUGGUUAUAACUUUAAAUCUGACAUCUGGUCUCUGGGCUGCCUGCUGUAUGAGAUGGCUGCACUGCAGAGUCCCUUUUAUGGUGAUAAAAUGAACUUGUACUCGCUGUGCAAGAAGAUAGAGCAGUGUGACUAUCCACCUCUCCCUUCAGAUCACUAUUCAGAAGAACUGCGACAGUUAGUUAAUAUGUGCAUCAACCCGGAUCCGGAGAAGCGACCAGACAUAACCUAUGUCUACGACGUAGCGAAACGUAUGCACGCACACACUGCGAGCAGCUGAACAGACAGCAGAUCCAGAAGAUCAGAAAUGUUCAAGUGCUUUAAAUAAGUCGUCCCACCUCUUUGCGUUACAGAAAUGUAAUUAUUUGAAGCUUACCAUUGUGCUUUGUAAACUCAUUUAUAUACGAACUUCAGUGUUUUCUGUUUGUUUUUGUUUUUAUUUUUUUUUUAAACUUUUUACCAACUUGCAGAUUUAAAUAUGUAAAGCAUAACUUUAAAAGAUACUGAGAGCCACUGCUUUCCGUGUUAAGUGAGUUCAAAUAUGUUUUCUUCACUGACAAAAUGUGUUCAGUUGGGCCUCAGUUCUAAAACACGGUUGCACUUUUGCACAGGAUACAGAUAUUAGGCUUAUGUAGAAGCAAAAUGUCUGAAUCUCACACCUUUUUAGUAAUUUAUAGGAAGUAUGAAUCAGCACAGUUAUGUUUAUUUUAAUCUUAGUUCUAAAAGGGGUAUAAUUAUUGUAGAAGGUUAUUGUAUUUUAUACUGAAUUAUAGUUUGCAGUUCUCAGCACGUGAGUAGACAGAUGACAUGAUUAGUUUUGUGCUUGCCAAACAUGAUGUAAAAAUAGUUGGUGGGGAAAAAAGCCUUACACUGAAAUUAAUGUUAACGUCCCUUUUCAUUAUGCUAUUCUGUCAUAAUGCACGUAAAACAUUUGUUGGAGGUUUUAUGGGAAAAUUUAAGGUGUUGAUUCUGCAGUUUGAUCGUUUUCAAUAGCCUUGUGCAGCACUGCCCCGGGGCAACGCAAGUCUGCAUAGCUGAGUGUUAAAACCGUGCAGAUGCUGCCUGUAGUGAAUAGUGCUCUUCUGAGGCCAGCACGUAUGAGAGGAUCUGAUUAAAGGAUGCGAUCUUUAAGUUACAGAUUUCUAUUUCUGUAAAUGUCACUGGUUGUAGAGUUUUGUAUUUAAAAUAAUUGGACCUUAUAAUGCUGUAUUUAAAGAUGCUUUUAAAGUACCAAAUCUUUUGGAAAAUAUAUAGUUGUGUACUAAAACAAAAUAUAUUAUUCCAGAGUAUCAGAUUUUGUAUUUUGUAUCCUAAGAAGUAGCUUUUUAUUUAGUAAAAGUAAAUUUUAGCACUUAUGUUUCAGAGUAAGUUCCCACUUCUGUUCUGGAAAUAAGUAUUGGUGCAAAAUGUCUGACAGGUAUUUCCUUAUUGAAAAGGAGAGUCACGAUAUUUUGGUUAAAUCUUAAAACCUUUCUGGUAUGUUUCAUAUUGUUUUCAUUGCUAAGGGAAAAAGGGGUGUUUGUAAACAGAGAUGGAACUCAAAUUUCCUGAAUGUCAAGAAUGAACUUUUUUUUGAGAAUACCAGAACUGUCAGAACAGAAUUGUUACCAAUGAGAUUGCUAAGAAGCUGUUAGUGUCACCUAAGCCUUUUGUUAUGUGGGUAAAAAGAAGUUAGUUGAGAGAAGAUCAGCAAUACAUAUAUCCACACGGAGGUUCUGUAUGCAGUCAGUUCCCUGCACUUCUUGUUUUGCUGAUUUUUUUUCUCUGUGCAGCUUUUUUAUUGGGUGUAAUGCCCAAAGAAUGCAAAUCUAAAUGGGGGAAAUUUGGAGUUUGAUCAGUCGUGCUUUGGGCAGGGUUUGUUUUUUUUAAUAUAUUUUUAAAAUUUAGACAUAAUGUGGAAAUUCUGUUUGGCAACGUGCAGCUUUUAAAAAUUAUGUGUCACAUCUUCAUCUUGGUGCAUUGUUUCUCUGCUGUUUUGUUCUAAUUUCCAGACUUUGUUAGGACAAGUCAUUUGUUUUCCUUCUUGCUGUCAUAUUUACUUGAUCUUGUCUUGUAGGACUCCAGUGGAACAAUGUAUAGGAAGAAAGUGCUUGAGAAACCUUGGUUUGUGUUUAACAACUUCUGUAUUUACAUUCAUGUAUUAUCUGAUAACUGUAUUUUAAACAAAUGAUGGUUAUAUGCUCAGAUGUCAGAGCAAAGUGGUUUCUAUUGGCAGAGGCAGCACCAUACUUGCUUGACUGCCAUGGUUAGUUUUUAAUAUGCAUAAGAACUCCAGUCAUUCUUCUCUGAAAUGGACUAGAAUAUUCCAAAGACACUGACAAAAAAAACCUAACACAAUCAGGCUGCAUGCAUCUAAUGUUAUGCAUCAGGUAUUAUUACUUUGCCUGAAAGUAACCAGUUUUCCUCCCCCUUUUUUAGAAGUAUUCAUGGAAUAAAGAAAUGAUGAGCUAAAGGUUAGCAAAUGUGUAACACGUUGGUGUGGGUGUGGGGUUUUUUUGUUUGUUUGGCUAAUUAAAUUUUGUGCUGAGUAAAAAUAUUGGUUGUUUCUAUUUUAAAAACUGUAGAAUAAAUGGUACAAAAUGACUCGGGUACCAAAGUUUGUAUUUGAGAAGUCUGUAUGGGUUCAUGGAAUUGCUUGUGUAACUGAGGUUCUAGAAUCUAUCCCGUAAGUAAACAGCCUAGCAAUGUAUGAAAACAAUGCUGUAAUAAUUCCAUAUGUGCUGUACAUUUUGUAGACUGUUUCCUGUUAUAGGAACAGCAUUCUAUUUGUCAUCUUCUGUUGCUGGUGAGAUUUGGCACUGUUUAUUUAAAACUAUGGCAUUACAUGUUUGUUUUUUUUAAGAUGAACCUGUUAUAUUUCUAAACAAAAUGCUCUGACCUGUGCCCCCUUUUGUUUCAGUAGAACUACAGUAUUAACGUGUUUCCUGACUGAACUUCGAAUGACAUUGCAUUAAAAUCUCAUCUACUAUCUUGAGAGCUCCCCUGCUGUGCAGUAGCCUAAUAAAAAUAAAGCGUACAGAUAUCAAGUACAGUGUAAAAAUAACAGUGAUUCUAUGAUAUUUUUUCGAACUUUUCUUAUUGCAGACACGCUACAGUAGUUGCUGUUGGUCUUGCAGUCAGCUCACUGUUCCCAGCAUUUAAUUAUAGGUGAGUGUUCUAGAAUCGUAAUGAUAGGAAGUACAUCCAAGAAAUUUCCAUACCAUUCGUCCAAAACUGUAUCUAAAAGCACUGCACUGAGUAUGUUCAUAAUUGAUUAUAAGCUGUGCCUUUAUCUCAAAUUACUCUGAAAUUAUGUGGAAGUACCUGAAAGGCUUGAGAAUCAGGAAGAGCUCCUGUUUGUGACCCCAGCUUUUUUGAGCUCCUGUCAGCUCUUGUUUACAGAUAAAGCAUAAAUUUUGGGGUUUUUUUUAUGGGAUUUCAGUAAUUUUGGGUGACCCUUGUUUGCUCACAGUGAAUAAAUAGCAAUUAGUAGGGUACCUAUAAAUGGUGUGCUCUGUUCUUUUUGUAUGUCUUUGUUUUGGUAGAACAGACUUAAUGUAUUUUUCCCCACUUCAACUUCAGCGAUCCGGCUACUUGUGGUAUGAGCAGGCAAUAGAAGUACGUGUUCUUCUUGUAAUGAGCUGAAACUUAAAAAACAUGCCAGUGUACAGGAAGAUGAAAUACAGUAUUAGAUGUGUCUGGGCAGGCGAGUGUUUUAUUCAUGCGCACGAUUAAGACAGCCGUGAAGAGUGAAAUUGUUGACAGAGUCUUGGAAACGGAAAGGGACUUGUAUUGCCAGUGGUCCUCAGCUAUCUCUGAAUGGGACCCAGAAGUGAUGUGAUGUUUGCUUUCAGCAAGCCAUCCAUUUGGUCCCUGUCUUGGCAGUUAACCAGAGAGAAGAGUAUCUUAAUGGCUGAAUUUGAAUGCUGGUGCUAAAUGCUGUGUCAGGUAUUUGUGCUUUUAGGAACUGAAGGUUUAUGUGAGAGGAAGACAGUCAAGGCCUUCAGCUGGUGUUCUGUGGAGAGUUGGUUCAGUCUGGAAGUAGAAAUGCUGAAUAACAGAGUUCAAAUAGCUUCCCCCCCAUGUAGUUUUAAUACCAUCAGUAUUUUUAUACCAUCUUAGCAGUCUGAAGUUUUUCCAAUGCUGCCACAUCCCCGUGUCAGCUAAUAGCCAAUGACAGUGCUGAUCUUUUGGAUUCUGAUCUUUGCUCUGGUCUGGUUGAAUAACUAAAUCUUCCCACAGAGAUCACUGAAGAGGGGAAAUGCAGGCUCUGGGCAUCCCCAGUGAUUUGACACUUAGUUUCCAAAUGUGAUUCACGUUGAGAUUUUUAAGGAUUUUUUUUUCUAGUCUUUGCUCCUUUCCCUAAGCCUUAUUCUUGGGAUUCUUGUUCUUGAUUUCCAUAGUCAUCCCCUGCCUCUCCUUCGUCUUCCCAGUUGUCUCUUCCCUUUUUCAAACUUGAAGUUCUUGUUUUCCAAAUGGCCGACAACAGUUCCAUUCUUUCUUUGUGGCUUUGCUGAAAUCCACCCACUCCUGCCUUCUCAAAUGUUAUCCCUAAACAUAGGCAAGCUGGAUGUUUUGUUUUGUCUGGAUCACUCCUUAGCUCCAUUGUUCUUUAUUCAGUUUUUCUAGCUGCCACUUUGAUUUCUAGCUUUAGACAGAUGCUUUCCCUGCCUCAAUCAUUCCCAUGACCUCGUCUUUACUAAAUACUGUGUGCUUUAUUAUCUCUCAUUUUUAAAUUCCCUGUCUCUGAUCACUACCUGCUCUCUUUCAGCAUAUCUGUCGUUCUCUCUCCUUUACCCUGUCACUCACUCCUUUUGGGAUCUCCAGUCUGUUAACCUUUCUGACUCUUUUACUCUUCUCAGCUGCCUCUUUCCUUCACUGGCCUUACCUCCUUUGACUCACUGGUCUUUAUUUUCAUCUCUGUCUGCUUCUCUGUAUGUUGUUUCUUUGGUUGCUUCUCACAGUGCCCUGUCUCCAAUACCUUCCCUGUACAUCUUCUCGUGUUAUUUCUUAAUUUCCAUUCCUCAUUUUCUGGAUAUCGCUGCAGAAUGUCAACACAACAAAGCUUUGGACUCAGCUCUGCCUUACCUGUUCUAAUUCUCCUUCCCAAUGGACUUUUUAACCAUUUGGGCCACAUCUUCUUUCUUGGUGAGUUUGCUUCCAGGUUUGCUUUUCAUUUUAGCUUUUAUGUGUUUGCUUGUUUGUUUGUUUUUUUUCUUCCCCAAUUGUUUUGCUUUCUUAGAAUCUGUUUCUGAACCAGGCCUCUGCCUCUCACUGGUGUGAGUUUGGCCCUUUAACUCCUGCAGCUCUUGUUUAUUUCUCUUUGAAUGACUUUCAGGAAUGACUCCUUCACUAGCAAGAAUUUUCUCUUUUACUCCCAUCGUGAAGUGUAUGGCUCCCCUCAUAUUAAAUACUUAUGUUUAAUGCUUACCCCUUUUUCCCUAUUUAGCAUCCUCUUAUUUUAUGUACAUGAAUCCCUUCUCUCUCUGUUUUCGUGUCUUUUGUUUUGCCAUGUCAUUCAAGUGUCCCAAAGCUCCAGUGCCCCCUUCCCCAGUUUGGCUCUCUGAUGGUUCAGUCUCUGGAUCAUUUCUCAACUAUUUGGCCAGCUUUUAACUUGUUGAUUCAAAGAUCUGACUUUUAUUCCAGACUCCCUCUAGACAUUUUUCCAACAUCCUUGACGAUAUUAUUCCCUUUCUCUUAGUUGCUGUUCUCUAUGUUGUGCCUAACUGCAGUUGCACUGUGUUCCAUUGCAGGUUAGCCUACAUCAAAUCAAGCCAGCUGCAGAUAAGGUAGCUUCUGUACUUGCAGCAGUGCUGCAGGUUCUUACCAGAAGCCACACUUCUGUUUGCCCUCUGGGGCUGGAAUGGAAAUGGAGCCUUUUUGCUGUGUUAAUUCUGUAUCCACGUGACCCUAAUUUGGUGUCAAAUCAGAUGUGCUAGCAGUGCACUGCAUUGUUUUCUGUAUACACAUACUAUUAGCCUUCCCAGCUGUAACAGGCUUUCAGACUUGGAAGUCUAUGUUUGCAGACAUUCACUGAUGAUCACAUUGUCUGACCUUUGAUUACUCCUGGUUAUUUUAUUCUUAUGCAUCUGUUCAAAUUGAGUAGCAAAAAAUGUGAUUAAUUAUCCAUUAAACUAAGAAUUUUUAGCGAUAGUGUUUAUUAUUUUUUUGAUUAUAGGGUAGAGAAACAGAUAUCAGGAUGUUUGUGUGUAUAUAUAUACACACAUGUGUAUAUAUAUAUAUUCAUGUCUACAAGAACUCCUCUGAAAGUAAUGCCUUCUAUGUUAUUAAGGUGGCCAGCAGUGUUGGAGGUGGAUUUUGGUGGUAUGGCGGGAGAGGCUGAAACUUCCCAACAGUUGUCUGUGAUAUUUUUUUUGCUGUGUGGCAGGUGGCAGCAGUGGGGCAAAAUGGUGUCUGAUGUGGAAGUGCAAAUGAGUCAAAGGUGUGUUGCUGAUUUCCUCCAUGUGGAAAAUUUGGCCCUUGUUGACACGUGUGGAUGCUUGCUGAAAAUUGAUGGAGACCAAACAGUGGAUGUGAAUGCAGUGAAAGUUGAACUGCUUGGGCAGUGUUUUCUUAGCAGUGAUGCCAUCAUAAUAGCUGUAAAACAUUGGUUAACCUCAGCUGGUGCGGAAUGUUAAGAGCACAGCAUGCUGUUCAUUGCUGGUGAGAAUGCACAGCUAAUGGUAUUAACUGUUGAAAAACAGUUUGAUCAAAUAGCGUUAUCAUGCUCUCUUAUUUCCAUGGAAGCAAAUAGGAGGCAUUACUUUUGGAGCAAACUAUGCAGUAAGUACUUAUUUGCACCGUAGUAAUUCUUUACUUAGAGAGUAUCAGUUCCUGGUUGGUAAAAAGCAAAUUCUUUCCUAAUGUGUGUUGGAUUUCUGUUUCGUUUUUCUUGCCAGCUUGUGUAACUUGUUCUUUUACAACUGCUUUAAUGAUGUGUGGAGGCCUUACAACUUUUGUGUGAUAGAAAUCUUCUGUUUGUGUGGCAAUAAAAAGAAUGUAAGAAAUUA